AUGUCUCUCCCGAUCCUCUCAACGAAACCGUAUCUCCCCGCCCUCCACCCGAUCACUCCUACUAUAGCUCCUUCCUCGCGGACUGAAGGCUCGCUCAGCGCAAGGAAACGACCUCUUGAGGCUAUCUCAGAAGUUCCCGAUUACACCUGGACUGCUCCCUUCAGGGACGGUCUACCUACCCCUCCGAACGAUAUGAAUAGCGUCACCGCUUGCAGCGCUCUGCCGGCGUCUUCCUAUGGCGGCAAGCUCGAUGGAUAUCAGCUUCCACCUUAUUCCAAGGUGUCUGAUUAUACGCGCAUGUCUUCUGAUGUAUCGAACGGGGCGGUCUCUUCGUCCCAGCCGAAAUACCAAGCGCCGGUCAAGGAUACCAUGACCUCCGAACGAGAGUCUCAGAAGAAAACCAGCUCCAAUGGUGUUGCGUCGUAUCUCCAGAUUCCUUCGUCUAUCAGCAAUAGCAAAGGCAGCCUGGCUGAAUUUGCAGCACAGAUGACGUGCCUUUUCUGGUUCGAAAGUACCGCGAAACUGAAGGCCGUGGAGGACCGCCUCAGCCCGACCACAUCUCUUGCACCAGAAGCAGUUCCCGCUGUUGCGUUCCAAAAGUGGGUGACAAACAUCUUGUCAACUACGCAGGUCAGCCAGAAUGUCAUCUUAUUGGCACUGCUCUUCGUCUACCGGUUGAAGAAGUUCAACCCGGGUGUGCGGGGAAAGAAAGGCAGUGAGUAUCGGCUGAUGACCAUUGCCCUCAUGCUGGGCAACAAAUUCCUCGACGAUAACACAUACACCAACAAGACAUGGGCAGAGGUCUCGGGGAUCACAGUCCAAGAGAUCCACAUCAUGGAGGUGGAGUUCCUCAGCAACAUUCGCUAUAACCUGUUCGUGUCCAAAGAGGAAUGGAAUGAGUGGCACGUCAAACUCGGGCUUUUCACGGACUACUUCAACAAGGCACCUCGAGCCUCCGAAAAGAACGAGAAACACCCUACUCCGCCAGUCCUCAAUGUGUCGCCCACUUUGGUGCCAUCUCCUCGGGCACAGUUGCCGUCACCUUCGACAAAGUUGCCAUCGCCUCCCGCAUCCGAUCCUCUCCGUUCGCAGCCCUGGGCUAUGCCUAUGAAUGCCGUGCCAUACACUGGCGCACCUCAGCUCCCGAACGACUUGCCACCGGCCACCAGCUCUCGGAAGCGGUCCCGUGAGGAGCCAUUGGAGGAGCCACCAGCGAAGAGGACAGCCAUGCCAAACAACAUGCUCACCUCAAUGCCGUCACUUCCACCAUCAUCAGCUCUCACGAGCAUCCCGGCCUUGCCCCCGGUACUGGCGUCCUCCGGUGUUCCCCCUCACCUUCCGGCCAUGUCCGAACCGGUCUCGCGACUCCCCCGUCCGAACUUCCCAUCUCACAGCCUUCCCCCUACCAUGCCGGCGUUGUCUCAACUUAACCCCUCCGGUCGAGUCAUGCCCCCGGUCUACAACCCUUCUGCGAACUGGGUUCCGCAGAUGCCACCUGCGACGUCGGUUCCUACUACUGCCGUUGGACCUGUGGCCAACGGAAUGUACAACACAUCCAUCUCACUGCCCGACCCCAGCAGACACCACAACAGCCCGUUCGCAAUGACAUCGGGCACAAUCUCGCCCGCAGUUUCUGCAUACUCCGUUCACACUCCUCAAAACCACCUCUCUCCGACCUUCUUCCUGGCAAACCGAAACUCGCCUUACCGACCGGUUCGCAGUGUCAAUACGUUGUUGAUCCCGCCUCCGUCGACGUCUAUGCAGCAGCAGCGCAUCCCGUUUGAGCACAUGCACUACCAGCCACUUGGCAAGUCUGAGCGGAAGACGGGCUUGCUGCCAUAUUCGCACCCUGAGGCUUGGCCGCAUGGACACUUCCCGCAACCGAUCUUCCACACCACCCCAAACUAUUAG